AUGGCGGGAUAUGCUUUGGCAUUUUGGGCACCUCCCGGCAACCAGGGCCCGGCCGGCCCGGUGCUGCAGCAGACUCCUGCUGGGAUCGAGGUCAAAGGCCGCGGCCGCUUCCGAACGCCAGAGGCUUUUGAGGCGAUGCUCGACGGCCUCCAAACCAUGCUCACAACCUUGCUGGAGCGCAGUGGGUCAGAUGCCAAUGCCUGUCCGGUCAUCCAGGAGCUGGACGUCUCGCAAAACAGGCUGACCCUUGAGCAGUUCGAGACCCUCUUCGUUUCUAUGGGCGUCGCUGGCGCAAAGGUGAUCCGAUACCGAAUGUUCGGGUGUCCGACGCUGGAUGACCAGGUUCUGCAGUCGCUUUCAAACUUUCUCUCUGGGCAAGUUACUGCGGAUACCGCGCCGUGGGAGCUGCAUCUGUCAGAUUGCGCCAUCACCACUGAUGGCUUUCUGGCACUGAUGGAUGCCAUCGAGACGAGCGAUCUGUAUCCUCGUCCCUGUCCGCAAAAUCCGGCGAAAGGCAUUCCGUUGUAUCUUCGCUUGGAGAACAACUACAUUGCCGAGGAUGCGAUUCAGCAGAAGGUGGAUGCAGGGCUCAUCCAGACCUUCACAAAACAGAUGGGUCCGCAGAUGUCUUUUCCAGGGGGUCCCAAAGUGAACCUCCUUGCCCGUGGCGCUCUGUCCUCAGCAUGGGAUAUGAGCUCAAGAGCUGCAAAGAUCGUGUGA